UGCGAAGCUAGGGCUGAGCGCUCCAAGCCCGGCCACUGCGGGCGCCGGGCAAGCACCAGAUCCCGGUCCCGGGCCCGCCGUUCCCAUGGACGCUCUGCGCCUGCGCUUCGAGCAGUUUCUGGAACAGAAGAACGUGGCUACAGACGCUCUCAGGGCGCUCGAAGCCAGAACCGGCGUGGAGAAGCGCUAUCUGGCCACGGGAGUCCUCACUCUGCUAAGCCUAUAUCUUCUAUUCGGCUACGGGGCAUCUCUGCUGUGCAAUGUCAUCGGAUUUGUAUACCCCGCGUAUGCUUCAGUCAAAGCCAUCGAGAGCGCAAACAAGGAGGACGACACUGUGUGGCUGACCUACUGGGUGGUGUACACCCUAUUUGGUCUAGCCGAGUUCUUCAGCGAUCUACUCCUGUUCUGGUUCCCUUUCUACUACGUGGGCAAGUGCACCUUCCUGUUAUUCUGCAUGACACCAGGACCCUGGAACGGGGCACUAAUACUGUACCAUCGCAUCGUGCGGCCACUCUUUCUAAAACACCACACAUCUCUCGACAGCGCCGUGAGCCAGCUCAGCGGAAGAGCACUGGACGCAGCAGCUGGGAUGGCCAGGGACGCCAAGCUGAGCCCAAGUCUUCAGGCGAAGCUCAAGUAAAGAUUCCACCUGUCCAGUGCAGCGGCAAAGACAAAGAGCCCCUGGCCAGCAACAAGGGACUUGGGGCUGACCCCCAUGCCUCAGACUCAUCCUCUGACUCCCAGACAGAGACCCGAUCCCGAAGAACUUCUAGCCAGGGCAGGUUUACUGGGAGUCCCUCGCAGCCCACAUCUGGCCAGUCCCCAUCCCCGACCACAUCUGCAUCCCGGGGUCAGCUGGCCAAGGGCUCUGCCAGGGGCUCCCAGAUCCCCAGCAAGUCUCAGGGCCAGCACCGCAGCCGGGGCAGCAUGUCCUCCCAGCCAGCACAGCGAGCCCAGCUUCCCAACACAUCUUUGGGACCCUCACAGCAGGCCCCUCGCUCUUCAGGUACCUCCCAGGCAACAGACAAAUCCUCAGCACCCUCUCCGACAGUGGGCCAUGGCUCAAUACCCUCCCAGCAGACGUUGAUACAGGCCCAGCCAGCUGGCCAAGCCUCAGCACCUGCAUCUACACCCAUGUCCACACAGCGUCUCAGCAUGUCUACCCAGGUCUCGCCCAGGACCCAGUCUCGUAGUGCCACCCCAAAGCCCACCCAGCCUGCCAGCAAGACCCCUGGAGAGCCAGGAGAUGCAGCCCCCAAAAGCAAGCAGACCCAAAAAUUCCAGGCCACACAAGUCUCUGGCAGCUGCUUGGUCCCUGAGCUGAUUGUCCCCUUUCGCUCUGAGUCGUCUCUAGAAUACAUGUCAGAUUCUACCACGGAAAUCACUUGCAACUGGCCAGGUUAUAGUCACCAGCUCUCUUGUCCCCACUAUUGCUGGCUCCUGCAGCAUCUGGCAUACUAAAACCACACCUGGACACUGCCAGCCAUGGGAUCACAGGAGAUACCUGUCCAUAGGAACCACAUAAAACACCAGCCCCCAUGGGAGCCACGCAGAGCACCUGCCUGCCACAGAGCUGCUUGAGAUACCUGCUGUCCUUGGAAGCUGAGAAAGACGCUUACCUGCCACAGAGCCACGCAAGACACCUGUCCACAAGAGCAAUACAAAAUACCUGCCUGUCGUAGAGCCAAGUAAAACACCUGCGCAUAGGAGCCACACAAGAUGUCUGCCUGCCAUGGAGCCACACGAGAUGCCUGAUGUCUACAGGAGCCACUCAAAACACCUGCCUGCCAUGGAGCCAUACAAAACACCUGCCCUUGUGACAUACAUGCAAGACACAGCAUCACAGAAACAUUGGUCCACAAGAAUAAAGGAAAAUAACUGCCUGCCAUGGAACCAUACCAAAUACCUGCCACAGUAGCACAUGGAACACCUACCUGAGGGACCCCACAUUCAAAACCCACUCAUGUGAUCCCUUGAGAAAGCCCACCACACAAAACACAUCCAGCAGGGUGCCACAUGAAACACCUUUGGAAGUCCCCUCAUGGAACAACCAUCCACUGAGGCAUAAAAUAAAAUAACCCGCUCAGGCUCA